AUGGACCUACCAGGGUUUUAUUGGGAUGAAGAACGCCGCCGCUAUUUCCCUUUGCAUUUGCUGCAGCGGCCUUCCUCAGCAAUCAAUCCGCAGCCCCAGCGCCAGCAGCAGCAGCAGCAGCAGCAGCAGCAAUUGCAUGCGCCGCAACACAGGCAGCGGCAGCAACACCGACAGCAGCAGCUGCAGCAACAGCACGCCCGCCACCUGCAGCACCAGCAGCAGCAGCAGCAUAAUGGAGAUGCAGCAAACCUCCCUCCUGCGAGGCGACGAAGGCGUCAUUGGAACCAGCAGCAGCAGCAGCAGCAGCAGCAGCAGCAGCAGCAGCAAUGCGCUAAACGGCGGCUAGCUGAUGUGCAGCAGCAGCAGCAGCAGCAGCAAAUCAGAGGAGGCACCAAUAACUUAAGGUGCAGCCAGCAGCAAAAGAGCAGCAAACUCCUUCGUCCCAGGGGAUGGAGGAGGCGCAUGAAGAGCAGCUGCAGCAGCAGCAGCAGCAGCAGCCGCAGCAGCAGCAGCAACAGCAUCCACCGCAAAUCAGGCAGCAGCCUCAGCCAGAGCAAGACCAACAGCAGGCAUGACAAUGGGUAUUAUCCUGUAGAGAACCAAUGCGCUGCUGCUGCUGCUGCUGCUGAGCCGCCCCCUUUGAGAAAUCUCUUCCUUGCUGUUCGCCGGCUCCGCCUGGGCAGCAGCAGCAGCAGCUGCAGCAGCAGCAGCAGCAGGUGCUGCUACGCUAAGUGGACAGCAGCAGCAAACGUGAGGACGAUGGCCUUUGCUGCAGCACUGCAGCAGCUGCACCUGCCGCUGCCUCUCGGCUUCUCGCCUUUUGUCUGUCUUGCUGCUUCUACCUCAUACAUCCCGGAGCAGCAGCAGCAACAGCAGCAGCGGCAGCAGCAGCAGCAGCAGCAGAAGCGAGGUUCCUGUAGUUGGCAGCUGCUGCUGUCUGCAGGCGGAGAGGGGGGAGGCCGUUUGCUGCAGUUCAGCGCAAAUGCAGUCAUAGCACCAACAGGAGCAGCAGCUGCAGCAGCAGCAACAGCAGCAACAGCAGCAGCAGCAAGACCAGCAGCAGCAGAAGCAGCAGGAGCACCAGGAGGUCCAUUCGUGAGUUCACCAUCUGCGCAGGCCGAAGGGGCCUUCAGAGUUUCGCAGCAAGUGCAGCAGCAGCAGCAGCUGCUGCUAGGCAGGGCAGCUAUGCAGGAGCAAGAGGAAGCAGCAGAGGAGGGAGCUGCUAAUGCUGCUGCUGCUGCUGCGAGUGUUGCUGCUGCUGCUGCUGCUGGCCGCCUGGUCGACAUCGAAUUAUUUAAAUCUGUUGCUGUCUGCUGCCUCCGCAGCAGCGGAAGACACCCGGGGGCCCUUGUGGUGCAGCAAGACUGCAGCAGCAGCAGCAGCAGCAGCAGCAGCAGACUGCUGUGGGCGGAGUGGAACGCAGCAGCAGACGCCUGGGCAUGCGCUUCAAGCUUGUCUGCGGCUGCGCCUAGAGCAGCAACACCAGCAACAGCAGCAGCAACAGCAGCAGCAGCAGCAGCAAAGGCUUGGUUUGUACUCGCAGGAAGACAGCCAGCAGCGCAGCUGCUGCGGCCCCGCGAAGGACAGACGAAGCUGCAGCAGCUGUGGGGCCCCACAGGGCGAGCGGAUCGGCUGCUGCCUCGUUGCUGCUGCUCUGCUGCUUGGUGGUCAGCAGCAGCAGCAGCAGCAGCAGAUGAUGCAGCAGCUGCUGCAGAUGCUGCGGGAGUGGCGCUGCUCGGGGGGGACGGAGGAGGCCUCUGUGCUGUAGACCCGCGCUGUCCUGUGCCUAUAAGACUGCUGCAGUUGUUGCUGCUGAUAGUGCGACUGCGCCUGGGAGCCUGCGUUGUCCGGGAGUAUCUGCCUCCCCAGAGAAGCAGCAGCAGCAGCUUCUGCUGCGGCAGCAGCAGCAGAUGGCGUUUUGCUGUUGACGGUAGAGAGGAGCUGAUUGUUGCCCCAUUCCCCUUCAGCAGCAGCAGCAGCAGCAGCAGCAGCAAAUACAGCAGCAGCAGCAGCAGCAGCAGCAGCGGCAGCUUCUUGUUGUUUGAUGUACAGCGUGGAGUCUGCUGCAGAGAGAUAUUUGCAGCUCCCUGCGGUGCAGCAGCAGCAGAUAUGCCUCAGUUUGAGUUGUUUGGGUGCUGCUGUUUGCUUCCGCGUGCUGCAGCAGCAAACCUCAGCAGCAGCGUGCUGCUGGAGCAGGAGAUCCUCAUACACCCUCUGCAGCAGCAAAACCAGCUGCCUAUACACCACACACCCUUCUCCCCGCACGGUUACGUCUGCGGCCGCAGGCGCUGCAGCAAUGCAACAGCAGAUAGACCUCAGCAGCAGCAGCAGCAGCAGCAGCAGCAGCAGCAAGGCUUCACCGGGGGUAUAGACACCUGGGAAUGCUUCUGCAGCGGGGCAGUAGACACUCCAAACACGCAGCAGCAGCAGCAGCAGCAGCAGCAGGAGAACCAAAUAACGAGAGCCUGCUGCGCGGUGCUGCGGCUGGGAGGCUGGCCAGCUGCUGCUGCAGCAACUUGGAUGAAUCGCAGGACAGCGGCAACACCAGCAGCAGCAGCAGCAGCAGCAGCUGCUGCUGCUGCUGCAUGCGAAGUUGGGGGCCCCGUCUUCGUGGGCGCCAGCACUUGGGGCUUACAUCUGCUCGUUGCUGCGCCUCCAGAAGCUGUUUACUAG